UCGGCCAUAAUUUCCCCCGCCUUUGGACGACACCUUCCCACGUUCUCUCUUUGAUACAAUCGCCGAAACCAUCAACAUAAUCCACCGGAAAAUGACCACAUACGGCACGAUCCCAACCGCGUCGUCGUCGGACGAUACCCCGAACCUCGAGUACAUAGUUCGAGCCAAAGAAAUGAUCCAAGAAGGGUUAGGCACUAGCAGGCCAUGGAAAAUAAUGUUCGAUUUCCGUUCUUUCAGUCUCCCUGCAAAUCUAGCCGAAGCUCUGUUCCGAUUGAGGGCUAACGCCGCUUAUUUUAGGAUGAACUACGCCAUAGUAAUACUGAUAAUCGUGUUCUUGAGCCUUCUGUGGCACCCAGUUUCACUCAUUGUGUUUAUAGCGAUGACAGCUGCGUGGUUGUACUUGUACUUCCAGAGGGAUCAGCCAUUGGUGGUCUUUGGCCGGACGAUAGAUGAUAAGACGGUGCUGAUCGGACUUGGAGUGCUGACGGUAUUGGUCUUGUUGCUGACCAAUGUUACUUGGAAUGUGCUGGGGUCGCUGGUGACCGGCGUGGUGGUUGUGGCGGCGCACGGAGUUACAAGGAAGACUGAUGAUUUGUUAUUGGACGAGGAGGCUACUGGGUUGAUAGGUUCUGCCGGAGGUGGUGCUGCUUCCUCUUCUUCUUGAUUGUGCGGUUCUCUGUGAUCAGUUGAAGUUAUUUAGUAUUGAGAUUAAUUAAUUUUCCAAUUUGUUCUUCUUUUCUUCGGUUUUUUUUUUUUAAUUAUCGUUCACUAAUUUGGUUGUUCUCAUUUCUAAUUGUGAUUUGGAGUUUGAAGUUGCUGGAAUUGAUAGGUUUCUAGUUUUAGUUUGC